AUGCCCUUCUCUCACCACAGCCACUCUGGGCAAUUCUGUCCUGGUCACGCCCAGAACUCCCUCGAAGAUGUGAUCCAGACCGCCAUCAGCAAGAAGAUGCAGGUCUUCUGCCUCACAGAGCAUAUGCCCCGCCAUGAAGAGGACUUCUACCCAGAAGAGAUCGAAGCCGGCCAAACCGAAGCCUGGCAUGAAUCCAAUGAAGCCGCCUACUUCGCCGAGGCCCUCCGCCUGCGCGCCAAAUACGCCUCCCAGAUCUCCAUCAUCAUCGGCUUUGAAUGCGACUGGAUCCGCCCCGCAUCCGCCGAUCUCAUCACUCGCUCCCUCGCCCGCUUCCCAUUCGAGUUCUUCGUCGGUUCGGUGCACCACAUGCACACCGUGCCGAUUGACUACGACCGGCCCAUGUACGAGCGCGCUCGCGAGCUGGCCGGCGGCUCCGACGAGCGCCUGUUCGAGGACUACUUCGACGCGCAGCUGGAGAUGCUGAAGCAGACGCGGCCGCCCGUCGUCGGGCACUUUGAUCUGAUCCGGCUGAAGAGCGAUGAUCCGGAGCGGAGCUUUCGCACCUGGCCGGGCGUGUGGCAGCGGGUGUUGCGCAAUUUGGACUUUGUGGCCGAGUAUGGCGGAUUAGUGGAACUGAAUGGUGCGGCGUUGAGGAAGGGAAUGAGUGAGCCGUAUCCGAAGGCGGAGAUUUGUCAGGAAUUUGUGGCGCGGGGUGGCCGAUUCUGUCUUUCGGACGAUAGCCACGGCGUGGACCAGGUGAGUCUGAACUUCCACCGCGUCUUGGAAUUCCUCGACGUCGCGGGUAUUUCAACAAUACAUUAUCUACAGCUGGUCGAGCCGUCGGGACAGGCGCAGGCGCCGGUGCCGGACGCGCGGUUCCCCCGAACGCAGAUCGCCGCUAUCUCCACAGAGGAGUUGAAACAGUUGCCCUUUUGGAAGACGGCAUGA